UAACCGCAUAUCCCCAUCUCGCACAUACCACCGUAAAAUAGAGACACUGGCCCCCACACCCCCCCAAAAAAUCAAACCAAAGUGAUUUCCGAAGAUUCCAUAUACACUUUUUACUUGCUGCCUCGUCUAGCAGCCAAUCAACAAAACGCCGCAAAAGGCCGGCCAUGCUAUUAGAACAACUCAGCUUUGACCCUCAAAUAGAAUGCUAACCCCGGAGAAAAAGUGGUCUUAUCUUUUGAGGUUAUUGAUCCCUCGAAUCCUUAUACUAUUGACUCCAAAUAUGCUGAUCCUAUUAAUCCUUGCAUCACUAAAUACGUGCCAUCCUUAAAAUAACCCGCCCCGUUCGACUGAUCAAACGGUUAUCACCGAAUAUUCCUUCGUUUAUCGGGUGCCGUGGACUUCCGGGCUGGACAGUGAACGGCUUUCGGCGGCUUGAUUUUAUACAAAUCGGGUCAGUUAAUACACAAAUAUCCCGUGGUUUAUGGUUUGUGGGAGCGUAUAUACCGGAUUCAUUGAUCGCUAUCGGACGCCUCAAUCAACUCCAAGCUUGUUCAUAGCGCAUCGUCAACGCUCUUGGAAACGUUUAUGGAGAUAGGCCUAGAAAAAGUUGUAAAUGAAGUAGACAUCCACUACUACUUGCUUGAUCAUUCUCCACCAGAACAAAGAAAGAAAGACAGAAAUACGAUAACAGAGACCCUCCCUCCCUCCCCCAUAGCUGUUCUUUGCUGGGCCUCUGAUUCCUACUUCUUCCUUCGGAAACAUCAUCGCAUCUACUCCCCCGACCCCGCGGACACCCCGAUAGUUCCGGCCUUAUAUCACAAAAACAUGUACACGGUGAAUGAACUAUGAAUUUUUUUGAAAGCGCCUCUAU